AUGGGAAUAUUAUUAGCAGAGGCGGUGUUGGAUGCUGGAAUGAUCUCCACAUGCUCCAGAUGUACGUUACGUGAUAACAUGCAAUGGUGUCCGACAGACAUGACAUGUCAAUUAUCAUUUAACUGCAGUUGCGGUGUUGCCUGCAUGUCUUUUCCAGAUUGUUUUGUGCAGGAGAACACAUGUUCAAGUUGUGUGAACAGCGGCGGUGUAUUCUGCAGCCGCCCCAAAGAUCCAAAGAAGGUAUGUUUCUUCCCAGAUAUUCCCAAUAUGAAGAAAGCGGAGAAGGUGAAUACCAGCAGGAUGUACUCUAUGCGUACGUAUGGGAGGGAUAUUAAUGACAAUGAUAAUAAUAAUAAUAUUAAUAAUAAAAGGGAGGUGCAGUACUGUAGUGAAGGAUGCAUGAGUUAUGAUAGCUGUAUCUCGCAGUUCAGUGAAUGUCCAGUGGAAACACCAGACACUCUGCAGAUGAUUUGGCUUGGCUUUAAUAUUUGUAUUGCAGGAUCCUUUUUUGUAGUUAUCGCUAUUGUGAUGUAUUUGGGAUUGAGAGGAGGGAAAACAUAA